AUGCUUGGAAAACAGUGGAGCUCUCUUCUCCAACUAAUUCAACAGGUUUCUGCUAUCAUUUCGAUUCUGAUAAAUUGUUUUCUCAUUCCAUUAAUUUUGAAAAAAUCACCAAAGCAAUUGGGUGCUUACAAAUGGUUGAUGAUCUACAUCUCAGUCUUCGAGAUUCUUUACUCUAUUCUGGAUGUUAUCGUCGCUCCGGAGAAUUUUUCUCACGGACCAACAUUUUUAAUGAUAGUCGGAACCAAGGAUAAACUAUUUGGACCCGAAGGUCUCACUAUAUUGAAUUCCAUCUAUUGGGGAUGUUUCGGAGCCUCAAUGGCUAUCUUCGAUGUUCACUUUGUGUACCGAUGGCUUGCAGUUUCAGAAAACCCACUACUCAAGACUUUCUCUGGCUGGACCAUCUGGAUAUGGUUCUCAGUUCCAUUAUGGUAUGGGCUCACUUGGGUUUUCACUGGAUAUUUUCUAUCAGCACCUACAGAAUCUAAAUCAGAGUUCAUACGGGACAGUAUAAAAGAAAUCUUCCAGUUGGAAUUCGAUGAAUAUAUCUAUCUGGGUCCGUAUUUAUAUCAGAGAAUGGAAGAUGGAUCCCUUCACGUACAUCUCCCUUCCCUUUUAGGACUGGGAAUUAUCACCAUUACAAUUGUCUCCUCCAUCAUAAUUGUAGUUGUUUUCGGAUAUCUCUGCUACAACAGAAUCAGCCGCCUCGUUGCCACAACAUCAGCCUCCGCUAAAUUUCUAAAACUACAAAGGCAACUGUUUUACGCUCUCGUUAUUCAAACCCUCAUUCCUUUUGUAUUAAUGCAUAUGCCAGGAGCCAUUAUGGUUGCAUUUGUCCUUUUGAAUAUCGACCUGGGAAUCUAUAGUGCAGUUCUAUCAAUGACUAUUGCAAUCUAUCCAGCGAUUGACCCAAUUCCAACAUUGGUUAUUGUAGAGAACUACAGAAAAACAACUUUGAGUGAGUGGGGAUUCUACUGGAUGACAUAUUAA